AUUUCAGGCUGCAGUAUGUUGGUAUCUUUGCCAGAGGAGUUACAAAACCUCACCUCUCUCCGUCAGCUGUCGAUUAUUGAGUGCAAUGGUCUAACGUCCUUGAGACUACAAGGCUUGAGGUCUCUUCAACAUCUAUCAAUCGAGGGGUGUCAAAGCUUAACGAGUUUGAUGGGGGGACUGCAACACCUCACUGCCUUACAAUACUUGCUCAUUACUGAAUGUCCGGAGCUGGCAUAUUUACCAGAGGGUAUGCAACACCUCACUGCCUUACGAUACUUGUACAUUAAUAAUUGUCCGGAGCUGGCAUAUUUACCAGAGGUUAUGCAACACCUUACUUCCCUUCAACACCUCACCAUCAAGAGCUGUCAGAAGUUGACAUGUUUGCCGGAAGGGGUACGACAUGUCACAACACUGGAUUAUCUAUCAAUCGGUGGAAUGACUCCGCCGGAGUGGAUAGGAAACCUGUCCUCGCUUCGAAGUUUGCAGACUGACGGUUGUGAUAAAUUGACAUGUUUGCCAUCAGGGUUGCAAUUCCUUACAAACCUCCAAAUUCUAAAAAUCUGGAAUUGGCAAAGUCUAACGGCUCUGCCGGAGUGGAUAGGAAACCUCUCCUCACUUCGAUAUUUGGAAAUUUACGAAUGUCCUCAAUUGGAGUGUUUGCCAUCAGGGUUGCAACUCCUAACAAAUCUCCAAAGUCUAACAAUCAUACGAUGCCCCCAAUUAGAGAUGCGAUGCGAGAAGGAGAAAGGCGAGGAUUGGCACUACAUAUCACGCAUCCCAGAUAUCCAGAUUUACUAGACUGUCCCCAUUUAAGAUU